AUGGAUAAAUUUAUAUUUAAGUGCAACAAAAAUGAAGAUCUAAAAAAUACUCCAAACAUUGCGUUACCAAAUAAUGAAGUUCUUAACAAACAGAUUUUCGGUGAURCAGAUGACYCUAUAAAUGAGAUACCCGUUUCAAGAUUAGAAAAAAAAGAUAGAAUUGACAAAGGUCCCUAUCAACCAAAAUUUGAUUUUCCUAGAACAAUGAUUGGCUCAAAAUAUAGGAGUUUCCAAAUCGAAUGGUACAAUAAGUAUUCGUGGUUAGAAUAUAGUAAAGUUCUUGAUUCUGCAUUUUGUUUUUACUGUCGUGUAUUUUGUUUAAACGAUCCAGCAACAAAAGGUCAUAUUGAUUUUGCUUUUAUAAAAAAGGGAUUUAAGAAUUGGCAUAGAGCAAACGAAUGUUUCCGUAACCAUGAAAAAUCUAAAGGCCAUCAACAUAGCGUUUCUUCUUGGAGCAGUUAUAUAAAAGGCAAAUCGGUUGAUAUUUUGUUAGAUGAGCAAAAGGAGGUGUUUAUUUCAAAGCAAAAUCAAGUUAAAAUAAAAAAUCGUCAGAUAAUGGAAAGGCUAAUUGAUAUUGUUAUUUGUUUAGCAAAAKGAGGUAGACCAUUUAGAGGCCAUGACGAGAGUAAAAUCAGCAUUACACGAGGACUGUUUUUAGAUUUAGUAGAUUUAGURUCGAAAUAUGACCCUACUUUAAAAGAUCAUCUAACAAAUGGACCUCAAAAUGCAUUAUACACUAGUGGAAAAAUCCAAAACGACAUUAUUAUCAGCAUAWGCAACAUAAUAUUACGAAAAAUAUCACAUUCCGUUCAGAACAAACUUGUUUCAAUAAUGGCUGACGAAACUAGUGAUUGUGGACACCACGAACAAAUGGCAAUUGUUUUGAGAUUUUUUGAUGAUAAGCUUAAUUCUCCAGUAGAACAUUUAGUAGCUAUUCGCAGGCUUACAUCUGUAGAUGCCCAAGCUAUUUUCAAUGAGUUAAAAGUUGUUCUCUCCGUAUUGAAAGUAGAUUGGAAGAAUGUGUUAUCAGUUUGCUUUGAUGGCGCGGCAGCCAUGUCAGGAAGUGUAUCAGGAGUUCAGAUGAGAU